AUGACCACGUUCUUGGCCAUGCCAAAUUUCGGGGAAGACCUUCUUUUAGCAUGCGCUGAGCUUACGAUUCGAUCCCCCGUCGAUGAGGUUUUCGCCAUCCCGGAGUUGCUGGAGCGCAUCAUUUUACACUUGGAUAUCCGUACUAUCUUAACCAGAGCCCAGCUCGUCAAUAGGACUUGGAAAACAGUCAUCGAAGAGUCCAACUGCAUUCAACAAAAACUCUUCUUCAAGCCCAUCGUCGCGAGGAGAGUCGAAGAUGUCACUCAGAAUCGUGUCAAGAACCCACUACUCAAAUCAAUAUUCAGUGCGUGGUUCGAGGAACGGCGGGACUACAGCACAGAAAGCCCCUUCGAGUUUCUCCUUACGCCCAAGAGAGAUGCCUUUCUUCGGAAAGGGGCAAGCUGGCGCAGGAUGCUCGUUCAGCAGCCCGCGUGUCCGAAACUGGGGCUGAUACAGAAAUAUCCCACGCACUUCCUCUCGAAUAUGAAAUUCGCGAGCGCGGUUCUCGAUUACUCCCGAGAAGACGGCAGUGUCGCCGGUGUGAGAAUGGGCGCCAUGUACGACCUCGUCUACCGCAUCAUGGCCCAUCGAACAAGCAAGUGCGGUAUGGGCAUCCUUUGGCGCCAACCCGAGACGGAACCGGCCGAGCUCGAAAAGUAUUAUUACGUUAGGGGUCAGCACGAGGUCGUCAUCAAGCAACAUUACACAGAUGAUAUUGGAAUUGUCAUUCUGCAAGAUUCAAAGACGCCUGGUCUGGCUACAGGCGCAGGUGCUGGUCUUGGACAUGCCUGGCGCAUUUACGCAGAAGACUUCCUUGUGUGGAGGCUAUUUGUGGGAAACUUCGAGACUGAGUAUCGCAGUGAGGGGUAUGAGGAAGUGGAAGUACGCUUUGAAACCAAGUUCGAGCAAGAUCUUGCUGCGGGACUCGGAUACUGA